GAUACGCCGAGCGCAGAAGCUGGGGGUGAAUGGGAUGGAAGAAGAGUUCUUGUUUUGUAUAUCAGUUUCUGUCUUUUUAUGUAUUUUUGAUUAAAAAUCAAGCGAACAAAGAGAAGAUUCCUUGUGUUACACUGUACAAAACUUUAGGGCGCUAAAGGGAGUAAAUUCAACCGCGGGAUAGGGUUUUAGUGGUGAAAUGCCCGGCUGUUUGUACAUAUAUAUUUAAAUAAUUGGUGAGUGUGUGUGUAAGUGUAUGAAGAUCGGUGUUUGACUGCUGGAGGAGUGUGUACAAGGCUCCACCCCCCACUCUGCCAGUUGGAUGGUGUUCAAGACGGCAGACGUUGGGAAGGCAGCUGUGUUGGGUUUUGGGAAGAAGAGAUCGAUGAUGGAACUGCAAAAUUUACAGGAAGCACUCAAAGUGGAAAUCCAGAUCCAUCAGAAACUCGUGAGCCAGAUGAAGCAAGAUCCACAGAAUGCAGAUCUGAAGCUGCAGCUCCGUGACCUGCAGGCCAAGAUCACAGCGCUGAGUGAGCGGCAGAAAAAGGUUGUGGAGCAGUUAAGAAGAGAUCUACUGGUGAAACAGGAAGAUAUGAAGCUGCAGGCGCUGCAAGCCGAUGGACAAAUGUCUACCUUGCUCAUCACACAGACACAGACGCCUCUGCCUGCUGCCAGCCUCACUACUUCACAGAGCUCUGUGCCCCCUGUCAUUGCUUCAAAGACUCUACCUCUGGUGCUGAGAGCUGCCACAUCCACCUCACCUAUCAUCAUGACACCAGCACCUACAAUCACCGUGGUUACAACCCUUGGCAACACGCUCCUGGCAGGCCCUCCUAGCUCAGAUCCUCAAAAGUCCCCAGUAAACUUCCAACCAGUCAUCCAACAGACCAGUCAGGGAGCAGAGCCAGUACGAGUCAUAUCCAAUAGCACCGUUGUUGUGCAAGCUGCCUCCCAACCAAUCAAAGUUCCUCAGUUUGUCCCACCAACCAGACAGACAACUCGGCCAGCCACUCUACCGCAGGUCAGGCCAAAACCUCCAGCGUCUUUGUCUCCAGCUGCUGGUCAGGUCUCUGUGCAGACCUUGCAGUCACCGGUGUUACUGAGCACUGCCCUCCCUUCAUCUGGUCACGUCCAGCAGAUGCGUAUCCUCAAUGGCCUGCCCUGCUCCAACAGCUCUAACAACACAAGCAUCCUGAUCUCCCCAUCUACACACAUGCAGCCAUCUGUGCAGACACACACACAGCAGUUACCUCACAACAGCCCAAGCUCUGACAACAUGAUACCCGCAGUGGAAUACGGGACAGAGCCAAAGAUUUCAUUGCUCAACUCUCCAGACAUGCCUACACACAGUUCUCCUCCACUGUCCUUAGAUACGCCAUCUUCACCUGCUCCCACCAACACACACACUUCUGCCUCCAAACAUCAGGAGAGCCCUCUGAAACUGGCCUUCAUGUUGUCUCUGGGACUGGUCACUCGUGACUAUUUAGAAGAGAUUCAGAGCAGGCGUCAGGAGCGUAAGAGACGUACAACAGCAAAUCCAAUAUAUAGCGGAGCCAUGUUUGAACCAGAGCGGAAAAAAAGCUCAGUGUCGUAUCUGAGUUCCAUAAACCAGUCCAGCAGGAAGAGAGGUCGCCUUUCUAAAAACUGCAGUAUUGUGGAGUGGGGGCCCCUCCCCCCAACCACCAGCAGCCAUCAUUCUACCUUCCCAGACCUACAGCGGCCCACCGCGGGCAGCCCAUUCUCCCCUGCCCUCUCACUCACCCUUCCAUCACAUUCACCCUCACCCAGCCCCAGCUCAGCAGGGGAUAAUCUGCAGAAGGAAGAUGCCAUUGAGUGGCCAGGGACUCUUGCUAUUGUCCAUUCCUACAUCUCCUAUAAAGCAGCUAAAGAAGGAGAGAAAGAUCGUCUGAAGAGAUGGAGCGCAGAGCUGCGGCAGGAGAGAGAGACACUAGAACACCAAGUCAGACAGCUCAGCAACUCUAUAACGAGAUGUAUGGACAGCAAGAACAGUGUGCUGGACCAGCAGAGAGACAUGGAAGCUUCGCUUGAGAAGAUGAGAGGGCUGGUGCGUCUGAUCAGAGGGAUCCAGUUGUCUCCCUUCAUCUGCCCUGGGAUCAUGGCUAAUGGAGAAAUGUCCCACAAUGGAGCUUCCAAAGCCAGCAGCUCCAGUGCGGUUACCACAGACACAAACAACAACACAAAUACAGCGACAAGCUCCUCAGAAGCUAUGAUGAUAAUUAGCACCCUCACAAACACAAGCGAUACCUUAAACCAGAUCGCCACGAAUAAUAACGCAGAGGCUGCAAGCUCAAAGAGCGACGAGGGCAGAGAGGAGAGCGCACAAAUCAUCAGCACGUCCAGAAGCAGGAGCGAACCCACAAAUACAAACGCAGCAGCUUUCAGCAAUAACAACAGUAACCAGGCGGUUCUGAGUACUAUUGGAGCCAUGUCCGCAGGGGAGGAGAAUACAAAAAAACAUAAAAACAAUAACAACAGUGACCUCAGCGUCAUCCCACAGGCUCUCCUCGGUCCAAUCGUACCCCUUACAGAAGUGACAGAGGGGGUAAAAUAGCAUUGACCACCCCGCUGAAGUUGGGGCCCAAAGCGUGCCAGUUAACAGUGUUGUUGUUUUGUGUUGUUGUUUCAUCUCUUAUAUCUAUGAGGGAAAGAAAAUCCAUAGUGCCAUUUACUACAUGCAGGAAGGAGGUUCCUAAAGUACCAGCAAUGUGUAUGCUAACGUAUGCACACCGAAAAGAUUUCUACAAAGAAUAAUGAUAUAGAAAAGAGUAAUAAAAUUUAAAGAUAUCACACCAUUGUGUGCCUGAUACAGUUGCCAUAGCACCUCUGAGUGGGAAAGCUUCUGAAGGCUGGAUCGGGUGAAGGUCUCGUCCUGCUAGAUGAGUAGUGCAGCUUCCUAUCAGGUCCUGUAGCUCUGAUCGAAGACAUAAGAUAUGACGUGUCGAGGAGUUUAUUGUCCGUUUUGUCUGUGAAACACAGCCGAGGUGCAGUUGUUUCGUCUACUUUUCAGUUGUUGUGCAGAACAUGGAUCGCAAAAAGAGGUUCUUUAUCACACACUGACAGAAAUACAGGUCUUCCAGGCGUUCUGCUGGAGGUUUAACUAUUAUCAUUUGCAUUUGUCUAUUUUGUGGUGUUUUUAAAAAACCGAAAACAACAUUUCUGUAAAUAUGUUUUGCUAUUUUUUACACAUGACCUUAUUUAUAAUUUUCUUCUUUCUUACAAAAAUAUUCCGUAGUUCGGUUCUGCCAAAUAAUUGAUGCCACAGGGAACUGUUCUUUUACGUUACUCUAAACAUUAAAUAGAUAUUAAAGAGUAGUAUAGUAGUAUUUGUAGUGUCAGUCCUGAAGUGUCUGUGAGGUAAAUUCUGACCAUGCCUUAUCUACUGAACAGAUGUGAUUUACUGAGAGCGCAGUUCAGGCGCAGUCACACAAGGGAAUGAUUUGAGACUUCUCUCACAUCACUCUCACUCCAUCUCCACAUCCAGAGGAUUUAUUUUUUUUUUUUACCCAGACUGUAGCAGGGGUCUCAUGCCUUGUCCAAUAACUUACGAAGAAUCAUGCAGUCAGAAAUAUCCAGUAAAACCGGUGUGCCAGUAACGUUAUGCUUAUGGGCCAAUUUAAGGGCUUCUGUUCUGUAUCGUUUUAACACGCAUGGUGUCACUUUACUAGGUGAUAACACUGUUCUGUAAACCUGUCCAAAAGCACAACACAGCAGGCGUACGUUAUACGUGCCUAGCGCAACUACUUCACUAUUGUCUCCUAGGGGCUGUUCUGUUAACGCUUUACUUUCUUUACAUAUUGCAUUUCUAUAACCAUAUCAGAGCUCCCGACGCUCUCUGAACAAGCACAGACAAACACUUCUAACACCUGAGAUACAGCCGCGGUAGCUUGAACACUGUAUCGUGUGCCAAGAUGACACAUUCAUAGUGUUUUUUUUUAAAUAAAGCACAAGAAAUAAUCUAGAAACACAGUGGUGUCAAACACACAAGGGGUGUGUCGCUUUUGAUAUAAAAGAAAUAUCUACAGUGUUUAUAUCUUCAUUUCAGGUUUGUGAGUGCUUUCAAUGCUGAACACGCAGCUCUGGCCUGCAGUAGCCUCUGUGUAUUGGUUGCCUUAAGUUCUAUAGACUAUGUUAGGCUGUUUCAUAGUAGUGUUAUGACUUGUCGGUGUCUUAGUCAGUUGUCAGCAAAACGAGUGUUUUUUCCCUUUUCGGUAACAGAACCUACUUUGUCAUACAGUGUGUGAUCAUUCUGGUUGUGUUAGUGAGGACAGUGCCUGCGCUGCCUAUAGUGAAUCUGACCACUACACAUAAGAACUCUGAAGUGCUUACGUCUUUUAACAAAACACAAAAUUAAUUGCUGGUAUGUUUGUUCACCUUUUUAUGAAAAAAAAAAAAAACUUUUCGUUAUCCAAUUUCAUCCCAGUCAGCAGUAUCUGCCCUUCAUUUCAAAAUUGCAUCUGAGUUUUUAAGAGGAUACUAGUGCUGAAUUUGAAACCGCAUAGCACUCUUACCAAAUUUUUCUACGGAAAAAAUAGUACGUGGUUCUGAAUUCUGCAGAUGUUUCAGCAUUCACAGAAGUAUUCACACAUUUUGUCUGAUAAAAGUUAAUAUUUCAUCACAGUUGUUAAAAUUUCAAAGUGACAUGCAGAGAAGCUGCGUUCUGUUUGGUGGUUUAAUGGUAUGUCAGGUUUUCCACUGCAUUGAUAAAAGAAAGAAAAGGGAAUAGAGCCCUUACAUAAAUGCUCAUCAGACGUGACAUUUGCAAAUGUCAUCUCUCAUCCUUUAGGGCCAAGAAUCCUAAGGCCAGAUAUGGCUAGUAGGACUGACAGUUCUUCUGUGACAGAUGUUCUCUGAUGAGAUAGAUGGGAAUCUACUUUGUCUCCUCAUUCAUGUUCCUUACACAUGAGAAUUGGGUAUUGUGUCCUGAAGUGUGUGAAAUCUGAUUUCGUCAGAUGUUAUAGUGUUUACUGAGAGCUCAGGCUUUUGUUCAUUUAUUUUUAACAUUCACAUAGUAAUGCUAAUGAAGAGUCAUGUUCUUACACCUCAUGCUGUUACCUCAUUCAGGUUGAUGAAACCCUCAAGUAAAAUCAAGGAUAGAUUAUUGCAAUGUGAAAAUAUCAGUCCUUAAUCUAAUGUCCUUAACUAUAAAUUAAGAACACAAUUUACAUCAAUUUGUUGUAUAAAAAGUGUCUAGAUUAUUUCAUAAUAGUUUUUGAAAGGGAUGUGUAUUGCUCUUUUGUUUCAUUUUACUUUUUUACAUUUUGUAUGUUUUGUUUCUUAAUCUUGUGUGUUGCCUGAUGUCCGUUUACCUUUUCUCAUAGAAUUCAAGUCCAUGUGUAAGUUAUUUGAAUAUAUAACUUAAUGAAUUCUUUCUGUUGAGGAGGCUGGUUAUUACUGGAGCAUUUGAUCAAUUUGUAUUUAUUUAUUUUUACCAUUUUUGCUAAAUAAAAUUGUAAAUUUAAA